UAUUUCUUCCAAACUCUUAACUCUCACCCUCAUCCCCCACUGAAAACUCUUUCUCUCUCUCCCCCCCCCCUAAAAUCAAACCCUUCAAGCUCUUCUUCUCCUACGACAGAUCAGAACUAUGAUGUCUGCUUCUGCUCAAAUUUUGGUCGUCUUUUCCCAAAAGUUCAUCUUCUCGAUCCCCCUUCGAGGUAUGUAAGCUAGCUCCUAUUAGCUUAGCUUCUUCCCACCAUUUCCGAGAAAAGGAAUCAAUCCCAGAAACGAAUCCCCAGAACAAGCAUCUAUCUUCCUAUCUUUAUCUCCUUCUUCCCUUCAAUUUCGCUUCGCUUUCUGCUUUGUAUGUUGAAAGAUCAGAGCUCUUUAGGGUUGUGAGGGAUAUCUCAGAAAGAAGCUCUAAUGGAUCCAGUAGCCGCACAAGGUCGUCCUCUUCCGCCGCCUUUUCUUACCAGAGAUCUUCAUCUUCAUCCCCAUCACCAAUUCCAGACGACCCACCAUAAUAACAAUCACUCAGCCGCCGACGAUGACCAGGCCGGUAAUGGCAGCUUGAACCGCGGUCAGAAGCGAGAUCACGAGAAUACCGCCACUGAGGGAAAGGAAUUCGGUUCUAACACAGCUCCUGCCGGAGAGGGUACCGGAGGUGGCGGUGGGGAUAAUAGUGGUAGAAGGCCUCGUGGCCGACCCGCCGGUUCGAAGAACAAGCCCAAGCCGCCGAUCAUCAUAACGAGGGAUAGCGCCAACGCGCUUAGGUCUCACGUCAUGGAGAUCGCCAACGGCGGAGACAUCAUGGAGAGUGUCGCCACCUUCGCGCGAAGGAGGCAGCGUGGGGUUUGCAUUCUGAGUGGGAGUGGCACCGUCACGAAUGUCACCCUCCGGCAGCCAGCUUCGCCCGGUGCAGUUGUGACCUUACAUGGGAGAUUCGAGAUUCUAUCACUGUCCGGCUCGUUCCUGCCUCCGCCGGCACCACCUGCGGCAUCAGGGCUGGCCAUAUAUCUGUCCGGCGGACAGGGUCAAGUCGUCGGAGGCACCGUGGUGGGGCCGUUGUUGGCGUCAGGGCCAGUGGUCAUUAUGGCUGCUUCGUUCGGAAAUGCGGCGUACGAGAGGCUGCCGUUGGAAGAGGAGGAGACUCAAGUGCCGGUGACUGGAAGCGGAGGGUUAGGCUCGCCAGGAAUUGUGGGAACACAGCAACAAUCACAGCAGAAUCAGCAACAAAUCGUCGGAGAUCCUAACACUACAUCGAUGUUUCAUGGAGUUCCUCAGAAUCUGCUGAAUUCUUGCCAAUUACCAGCUGAAGGAUUCUGGGGUGGAGGCAGUACUGCUCGUCCUCCAUUCUAAUUAACCAGCAGAUUUUCACAGAAAAGGGGAAAAAAAAAAGUCUGAAACUUUUUCAUUAUCUCUUUCUUUCUUUCUUUCUUUCUUUUUUUUUAAAUUUAGUCACUGUUCAUUCUCCUUCUUCCAUAUAACUUACAUAGUUUAUGCUUACUUAAAGCCUGUGAUAUGAUAUCAUCAUCAGUAAUUAUGGGUGCUGCAAAAUUGAAGAAGGGAUGUACAAAUUUCUCAUGAAUUUUUGGGUAAUGGCUUUUAAUUUUUAUUUUCUUGUGUUUCAUCUAAUUAAAGUGUUGUUGGUCAUUGCUUCGACACCAAGCAGAAGCAUCAUAUAUAUUCUUCUCUCUCUCUUUUCCACAUUUUCUUGCUGCAUUUCCUGGUACCUUGUCUGAUAAUUUAUCAGUCCCUCUUUGCAUAUGAAGUAAAAAAGAGAUCUUGUAG